CGAAUUACCCUUUGAGAAAAGAAAUUCAUACUUCCCUUUUUGGGCCGAAUGCGCCGAUAAAUCGUCCCUCGCCGCUUCAUAAACCGGGUGACGCCAGCUUGUCAAGAUGUUUGUCUGAUUUCUGUGACUUCACAUUUUGUGGACUCACGAGGAGUAACUUCUACAUAAUGUUUAAAAUUUCAGAAUGAGGCUGGAUCUAAACUUCUCCAACAUGUCUGAGGGGUCCGGCGUCGUGCGCCCAGAGCAGGGGUCGGUGGAGUACCGCGUGGCAGGCCUGGUCUUCUACUCCUUCGUCUUUGUCAUAGGGGUGGUGGUCAACAUCACAGCUCUGUGGGUGUUUUCUCUCACCACCAAGAAGAAGAACUCGGUCACCGUCUACAUGAUAAACGUGGCGGUGGUGGACCUCACCUUCGUCCUGCUGCUGCCCUUCCGAAUGGUUUACCACCACCAGGACUACUGGCCCUUCGGGGACAUUUUCUGCCGGAUCAUAGCCGCUCUCACCAUCUUCUACCCCUCCAUGGCCCUGUGGCUGUUUGCUUUGAUCAGCGCAGACCGCUACAUGGCCAUCGUCCAGCCAAAGCACGGCAAAGAACUCAAGAACAUCCCGAAGGCCGUGGUGGCAAGCCUGGGCGUGUGGCUCAUGACCCUGGGCAGCACCGUGCCCCUGCUCUUCUCCGGGGAAGACCCAGACCGUGUCUCCAACUUCACCACCUGCAUCAAAAUGCAAGACAUCAUCUACAUGCGCAACGACAACCCCGUGAACUUUGUGCGACUCAUCUUCUUCUUCCUGGUGCCCAUAUGCAUAAUGAUCGGCUGCUACGUCGUCAUCGUGGACAACUUGAUUCACGGGCGCACCUCCAAGCUCAAACCCAAAGUGAAGCAGAAGUCCAUCAGGAUCAUCGUCACGCUGAUCGUCCAAGUGCUGCUGUGCUUCGUGCCCUUCCACGUGUGCCUGGUGCUCCGCUUGGUGGGGACGGGCAGAGACGGGGGGUUCAGCACGUGGGCGGUCUUCACCACCUUCCUGAUGAACCUGAGCACGGUGCUGGACAUCAUCCUGUUCUACAUCGUCUCCAAGCAGUUCCAGGACAGGGUGAUCAGCGUGAUCCUGUACCGGAACUAUCUGCGGAGCGUGAGGCGGAAGAGCAGGCACACGCACACGGGCAGCAUGCGGUCAUUGAGCAACAUGACCGGCGCGAUGAUAUGAGGCAAGCUGCGCUUUGGCACAAUGUAACGCUGAAUGCUUCGCUGGGUACGGGGGGUUCUACGCGAAAGGGAUUAAAAACUCAAUGAAUUUCCGAGGCGUGAUUUACACUCUGAGUACGGGAGUGCUGCUGUUGUGGCAACAAACAUCUGUGUUUUGGAGCGGAGUGACUCACCCAUGAGAGAUGUUUUCUGGUGCAUAUUUUUGAGUGUCUGCAGCUCAGGUGUAACACAUGCUGGUGAAAAAUAAAGCUCACAAAACAACAGAGCCCAAAGAACCUCUUAUAACUUCUUACUUCGUUAUUAGUGUAGACUCGUCUCAGCCACUUCAACCAACUGCAAUACGAAAGUGCUUGACUGCCUUCACAGUGGGGGAGGUUUGUGAUGGAGGAAGGCCAACAGGAAAAGAUGGUGGGUUCUGAAAAGGUCGCUGCUUCUGCUUCGGUCUCCGCACCACAGCUGC